AUGAUGAAUUUUGAAGAGGAAACCAACCAAUUGAAUCAUCCAGCAAUCCAUAAAAGUGUUUCAACUAGAAAGCUGAAAAAAAAGACAAGUGAAAAACAAUUUAAAUCGACGAAUGUUACAUUUCAUAUUAUUCUAUUUCUUUUGGCAACAACUGUCGGCUAUUUGCAUUGGUAUCAUGUUUCAAGUUUGCAUGAAAACGACCUGUUUUUUUCACAUUUAUCCAAUACGGAGCGUGAGCUGACAUUUAGAACUGAGAUGGGAUUUUAUUAUUCUUACUUCAAGCAGAUGGUUUUGGCAUCAACUUUUAUGGAAGGGUUCAACUCAUUGCUUAUGGAUACUAGAACUGAAUAUCCACCUUGUUUAAGCCUAGUAAAUGAUACAGAUACUCAAAAGGAUAAUCAGUGUGCAAACCUUAAUGCUAUAGAACGCUUUAAUCUUUAUCCUGAAUUGUUGUUAGCUGGUGUAUACAGAUUCUUAAACACAUUCAAUUUAACCAAACGUUACUGUUUUCAAGUUAAAAGAGAUCCGCCAACCAAUGUAAUUGCAAUCGCUAUAAAUCCAGAUGUAAUGGAGAAUUUAUCACAACUUAAAAAGUUAGAUGCACUACCGUCAAAUCACUUGAAGAUCAACAGUAACUUAAUAAUAAGUUGUGAUGGAUCAGGAGAAUUGCCUUAUUUUUAUGUAAAUACAGUAUUCAUUUUGUCAGGUCUAGUACUUUUCGGUUUAACUUAUUCUGGUUGGUUUAUUGCAAAGAUUGGCAGUUUAAAUCAGUUUAAAAUGGAUUAUAUAUUACAGUUCAUUGGCGGAUUUCUUCCAACUUUAGCAUAUUUCUCUAACCAUAGAGAAGCUACACGUGUCCAAUGGACUCCACCAUUGAGAGAAAGCUUUGCUUAUCCAUUCUUUAUACUUCAGCAAUCAUUUUUGUUGGCUUAUCUUGGAUCAAAUCAAAUGUUACAAUUGUAUCGAUGGAAAAAUUUCGUUUAUUUACUGAUCUACUGUAUAUUACUACUAAAUUUUCAACUUUCAUGGCAAUUUUCUCAAUUCGUUUUACUUACUCAAAUUAUAACGAUUUUAUGUGCUGUUUGUUUAUUAUUAUCAUCAUCAUCAUCAUCAAAUCUUCUUCAUUCUCUUAACUUGAAUCAGUACAAAUCAGUCAUGUUAAAUGUUUUAUUCAAAGUGAAACAAAUUAUAUGGAUUCAUUUAAUUGUAUUCAAUGUGUCAUUUCUAUUACAAUUUGGUAAUCGUUUACUUCUACAAUCCGGUUAUUUAUUUAUUCUAUUAAGUAGUUUACUUAGUGUUUAUAUACUUCAACAAUUAUUAAAUACUUACAAUCCAAAGAUAAUUAAAGAAAAACAAGUAUCUGCUCCGUCAUCAAUGGUAAAUAUUCCAUUUAUACGUUUUCUAUGCUUACCUUUAAUAAUUGUCUCUCUGUGUACAAUCGGACUAAGUUUUCUGUUCUCAGCUUUCUCAAAAUAUGCUUUCAGCAAUACUAUUGAUGUAAACAGGAAUAAUCAUGACGAUGGUGGUCAUAUAUGGGAUCUGUUAAAGCACAAACUACGCGUAUUAUUUGGUUUUAAAACUUAUACAACAUUUCAUACAAUGUUGUAUAUAUGUGCACCAGAAUUUGAUUUUAUCAGUUGGGCCGCUCUUAGACAACCUUUUGAAACUGGACUGAUUUACGGUUCCAUACUAGUCUGUUUUAUUGUUUCUUUCAAGUUAUUGAAGAACUUGUUCAGUUUUCAUCUUUCAGUAUCUAUAAACAAUCAGUUGUUUAACAACGUUAGUUUAUCAAGCUGUGAGUGUUUAUUUACAAUAUUGCGGGAUUUCGUUUCACUAUUAGUUAUCAUUCAGAUGGUGAUUUUUACAAUCAUGGCUGUUUUAUUUAUGAGACUGAAACUGUUCUGGACACCUCAAAUGUGUUUAUCACUCGCUAUAUUGGCGCAGUCUACACGAUGGUUUGAAAUGUUCCAUGCACUGAAAAACAUUGGUGAUCGUAUAUUCUGUAACUCAUCAAAAUCAUCAUCGCUGAAUAAUGCUCAUGGACUCAGAAAAGAGAUAAAACAUCAAUCCUGGUUUCAUUUUAUUAUCUGUACAAUAAUACUAGUAUUGUUCAUAGCGUUCAUGGCUGGACGUGGUUUGGAGAAUUUAAAAUCUGAAUGGAGUAUACAAGGUUCAUUCAGCGCAUAUGAAAGUGAAGUACUAAUUAAUUGGUUUCGUAGUUUACCACAAAAACGUGAAGAUGCUACAUCAUUAUCAUGGAUUAUAUCUGGACCAAUGUCUUUGUUAGGCAAUCUACGUUUAACAUUACCAGCCUGUGCUCCUUAUCCAUCUACUCAAAUUACAUCAUGUAAUGAGUCUGGAUUCGCUUUUACAAAUCAUCCACAUUAUGAGAAUACAGUUCUUCGUCAUAGAACUAUUUUAGCAUAUGGGAUUUAUAGUCGCAAAUCUCUUCAUGACGUUUGGCAUGUAUAUCGUUAUAUUUUAAAAACUGAUUUUUUAAUAGUGGAAACUCAUAUCUGUCCAUCUAGAGGUGGAUGUAGUAAACCGGAACUUUUCGAUCUACUUGAUACACAUCUUGUUGGACGCCCAGCACUGUGUGAAUAUUUAAUGAAUACACAAGUUUUAAAAGCUGGUAAAACUCCGAGUACUUUGAAACCAUACUUCACAGUUGUUUAUGUUGAGCCAUACACAGGUAGAGUUGUACUAUAUGUCAAUAAAUUACCGUAA